UACUUUCGCUUUAAUCACCCAGACGAAAAAUGAAAGUAGAUGAGAUAUUUAUCGUUUCAGAACGUUCUGUUGUAAUAGCUUAUAAAAGUUAUACACUGGCCAGUAAUACAUUUUCUAAAGAUAUUUUUCUUCGGAAACUGAAGGCAGGGGAACAUCAAACACUGCCAUAUUUUACUGAAGGGAAUAAAUGUUUUCAUUUCAUCAGACGUGACAGACUGUUUUUCGUUGCCACAACAAGCAAGGAAACGUCACCAAUUCUUAUUGUAGAGGUUCUAACUAGAUUAUAUCGCGUCUUUAAGGAUUUUUGUGGUGUGGUAUCAGAGGAAUCGUUGCAAGAAAAUCUGCUCCUAAUUCUAGAGGUUCUCAAUGAAUUUCUGGACUUUGGAUAUGUCCAGCUGUCUACUACAGAUAAACUACAGCCUCAUAUCCAGUCUACACCGGUACUGACCAGAAUAAACAGGCAGCCAACACAGGAUAUUACAUCACGAGUGUUUGGCAUAGAAACAAAGACUACCCCUACUCCAGCCAUCAACAGACCUGUCAUUGGUCCCUCUGUCCAAAAGGAUAAGACAAAAAAUGAACUCUAUGUGGACGUCAUAGAAAAAAUUACAAGUGUUGUAAAUGCUGAUGGGAGUGUUUCUCGCUUUGAAAUCAAUGGUGCUAUGAAGGUCAAAAACUUCCUUUAUGGCAGUCCUCAGGUCAAGGUCAUUUUAAACAACAACAUCAUAGUUCAAAGGAAUUCCAGAAUUAAAGCCUAUGGAGACAGUGUCCAGCUGGAUACAUGUGUGUUCCAUGAAUCUGCCAAAGUGGACAAUGUGGACACACCAAGUGUACUGACAAUUUGUCCUCAGAUAGGAGAGUUUACGUUGAUGUCCUACUCUGUCAGUGGAGAAAGCUGCAUUACCUCCCCUUUUCAUUUUGUCUCCUCUGUCCAGCCAUUAGAACACAGCAGGGAUGUUAUGGUGAGUCUGAGGAUAAAGAACAUGUUACCUGUCACCUCUAUCAAUCUUAGACUGAAGUUUGGGGUCCCUCAGUCUGUCUCCAACAUUUCCCAGCAUCUAGACAGAAGUGAGCAAACAGCCACACUGGAAAAGACAGACAGUACAAUUCUAUGGAAAAUAAAAUCACUGACUCCAAACACUGAAUCUGUCGCUCAGUUUAGGUUAAUAAGUCAAAGCAGUGCACUGAACAGGGAAGAUGUUGGACCUCUUAGAAUGGAGUUUGAAAUUUCUGGCCACUUACUCUCAGGGAUGAAGAUAAAAACAGUGAAAAUCGUGAAUCAAGAGCAGACAACUCCUCAGAAAUGGCUGAGAUACAUAACUGUCAGUGAUUCAUUUCUUGUCAAACUUGUGUAGUGAAGAAAAUGGACAGGAGAUAGACAAAGAUGUUAUAAGACAAAGUGUGCAAUUUAUUUUUGUGAUAGCUUAUUAAAAUUUUAUUGAUUAUUGCAAAGUGUACAAUUUAUUUUUGUUUCAGAUACAAGUAAUUUAAAUCUCAUUAAUUGUUUCUAAUUUGUAG